AUGCUCAACAAUAAUCAUGAGGCUUUUGAUGAUUUUAUAAAUGCUGAGGGAGUUGGUUUUGAUAACGAGUCUCUUACGGAACAAAUAAAUCCUUAUGUGGCAAUGGUUUCAGAUGCAUUUGUUGGGAACAUGGAAGAAUUUGUUGAGAACAUGGAGGAAGAGCCUAAUGCUGAAGCAAAAAAGUUUUUUCAUAUUCUGGAUGCUGCAAAAAAUCCUAUUUAUGAUGGGUGUAAAGACGGUCUGUCACAACUCUCUUUAGCAGCUCGGCUCAUGAGUUUGAAGACCGAUUAUAACCUGCCACAAAAUUGCAUGGAUUCGAUUUCUCAUAUGGUGCAAGAUUUUUUGCCACAAGGUAAUAACUCAAUGAACUCUUACUAUGAUAUUAAGAAGCUUAUGCGGUCAUUGGGUUUACCUUAUCACAAAAUUGAUGUUUGUGACAGUGUUCAUCCUGAGCCAGGAUCGAACUCUCAAUGA